AUGCCCGUUCCAAAGACUCCCGAGUUCGAAGCCGCUGUCGUGGCGAGCCGGAAACUGGCUUCUAAGCCUAGUGAUGAUGAAUUGUUGGAGCUGUAUGCGCUGUUUAAACAAGGAACCCAGGAUCCUCCCUUCGAGGAAGCUCCCAAGCCUGGAACUUUUGACUUUAAGGGUAAAUACAAGCACAGCUCAUGGAAAAAACUCGUUGACGAGGGCCUCUCCCCCGAAGAUGCGCAAAUAAAAUACGUUGAGCUCAUCGAGAAGCUCAAAGAGAAGUACGGAUACGAUGAAGGGAAGGAGCCGGAGCAAGUUGGAGGGAAAUAG